GUGUCAUAGAAAUGAUGUGGUAACUCUGGAUUCAAACUCUUACUUUCCAAACAUUGAAACUACCGAAGAGAUGAAUAAUCAUUGUGAAAAAUACAUUUUAAUAUCUCUACUGUUUGUCGUCAUGGGGCAAUACUGUUGGUGUUUCACUGCCGUGCAGGUGAAGAAAACACCUGAGCAGCUCGCUCUGCCGAGGGUUACCUGCUCUGCCCGGGGGAUCAGAGCUGUGUUUGGGUCGCAGGUCAAAAGUAAUCUACAUGUAAGAGGUAAGAUUGGAGCUGUUGUUGCAAAAAUGCGCUUCUAACCCAAGAGGUGGAUUGCAAAAUUAUUACAUACCGAACGCGUUUGCCUAAUUUUCCACCAGGCUUCAGGGAAAUGACUGAAUGUGACAUUUCUGUGUGUGUUUUUUUGUCUUUGUCAGACAUCACGGGGGCUGUAAUCCCCGUGCUUCAGUCUGAGGAAUCCUGUGGAGUGAGACUGGGCAGAGAGAGAAACGAGAGCCUGGCCUUCCUCAGCAGAUAUGACAGCUGUUAUGCUCUGAUUGAGGUAAAAGAAGGAACUACUUAAAGAUAUUGGGUGGAAAAUCAUUGCUUAUUUAAGGUAGAAGGCCUCUCCUGUAAGAAACACAAUUUUAACCAUUCUUAGUCAAUAAGUGAAGUUCAAUUUCCAUAGGUGAAACAUGCACAGCUGUCCAAACACAGCUUUUUGUCAAGUUACUUAAGAAACUAGUAGUAUGAAAGCUGCUGUUGUCUGGAGCAACAUGUUUUUAUUUUCCUAACAUAUCAUAAGAACAUAACCCAAACGAUUGUUUACGACCAUACAACUUUUUCAAAGUUUUCUUGUCCCUUUACCACAUUUUUUGAAUAAUAAUGCAUCAGAUUUUAUACAGUGCUUUAUCAGAGACCCUUGAAGUGCUUUACAUUGGAUACAUCAUUCAUUCACUCACACAUUCACACAGUCACAACUUGGUGGUGGUAAACUACCUUAGCAGUCACUGCUGCCCUGGGGCAGACUGACGGAAACGUGGCUGCCAGUUUGCGCCUACGGCCUCUCCGACCACCACCACACAACACUCACAAUCAUACACCAGUGGAGGACACACACUGGGAGCAAGGUGGGUUAAGUGGCUUGCCCAAGGACACAACGGACAGACUAGGGAUAGGGGGGGAAUCAAAUCACAAACCUUACGGUUAUUGGACGACCUCUUUACCUCCUGAGCUAUUGCUGCCCCAUUCUGAAAACAUAUAAAGAUAAAACACAAAUGUAUAGCAAAUUUAAUUUGCAUAUGUAUUUUUUAAAAAAAACAUGUUUCACUUUUAACACUGGAUCUGUUGUCUUUGCAGUAUUUUAAUUAAGAAAAUCCUUUAAAUGUUUGGAAAAUCAUCAAUUUCUGUUUUUCUCAACAGCUUAACAGUGCUCCAAUUUUAUAUCCUAUAUAUACAUAGCCUCCUAUUUCAUAUUGUGUGAUCUUUGAGAACAACAGCAUGCACUGUAUUUGUGUGUGUGUGCCAGUGUGACAUACCAUGAGUGGUUUCCUGACAUCCACAUUGUGAUCAUCUUCUGACCUGCAGGGUGGCAGAGUGGUCAUUCCUCUGCAGGUGCAGCUGACAACAGAGGAUCGAUGGUUCAGGGUCAAUAUCAGUUGCCCUCUGAUAAAGAGACACAGUGAGAGGAGUCCACUCAUACCUGCAUGUAAGUGGGGACAGUCAGUACAUGUUAAAUAUAUAUCUCUUACAAAGUUAUGUCUUUAUUGUUUGAAGUGAGAGUAUGUCUUUCCUGAGUUUUUUUUUAAAUCAAAUCUUAAAUUUGCACAAUUCUCUAUGGUGUCUGGUUAAGAAUCCAGUCUACAAUCAUUGCACAAGUGUAAAGCUGAUAUUGCCUGUUAUUCAAUCUAACACAGAAGAGGCUUUAGCGCAGCGCAAUGUACUGUUCCAUAUUCAGACACAAAAAUUUACCACUUAGCGUUGCCUGGAAGCUGUGACAUUGAGCUAGCUCUACGUGUGGACUGUGGCCACCAAAGCAUUUCAAGAGAAGCCUGCCACAAACUUGGAUGCUGCUACAAUGCUCAUGAUUCAACCUGCUACUACAGACUGAACGGUGAGCCCUAUGGUGAAUAUUUUAUCUCUGUCUGACCUUUUCAAACAUGUGGGCAUUAAAUCUGAUAUUUCAGUGUUGCCUUGCUCUCCUCAGCGUGCUCCCUGGACGGACACUUUGUGUUCUCCGUAAAAGCCUCUGACACAGACCUGCGCAUUGAUCCCACCAGCCUCAUAGUGAAGGACCAGCCACACUGUUUCCCUGUGCUCACCACCAAAGACACGGCUGUGUUCAAGAUUGGAGUCACAGAGUGUGAUGCAAAGAUGAAGGUGACACUAUGCACAAAGAGUUUGAGUAAAAGUAUCACAUCCUUUGCAGAAGAUGGUUGAUAUAAAUUUGUUUUAGAUGGAUGGAGAUGUGAUGAUCUAUGAAGUGGACGUAGAGGAGCUGAAUCCCGAAAGUGAAACCAAAAAAUCCCCAUUCAGGUGAGGCUGUCCUUACGUCAUCUAUAAUUUUUUACCCUUGUUAUUUUCUUAAAAUGUGCUUUUAUGCCAAGUCAUUCAUUUUUGUUCUUGGUAGUAGACACAACUCUGCUAUGGAUAUUGCUAAAACCUAUUCUGCUCUCUUAACCUGUUGCACAAUGUAGAGGACAAUCUGAAUUUUACAAUGAGCUAUUAUUAGUUGGGUUGUGUUCCAUCACAACAGGAGUUUUGCCAUCUCUGCAAUACAUAUAAGCGGACAAGAUAAGAUUUUUCUGUGUUUGAUUGGCCAGCCAUCUUGUCUGACCUGAACCCCAGUGAGAAUCUGUAGAAUAUUUGUCAAGAGGAAAAUAAAUAAAAACUUUUCUGAAAGCACAGAUGAGAAAGGUUAAAUAUUCUUUUAAUGCGAAUUACUGAAGUGCUGACUUUCAUGAGCUAGAAGCCAAAAUCCUCACAAAUGGAACUGAACAUGUCUGAAAUAUUUAAUUUCACAUGUUAAAAAUAUUAGCAGUUUCACCUUUUUGAUGCAGAUUUGUAUAAGAAAUCUUGUAUAAUUCUGUGAGAUGCACUUGUCACAAUGGUGACUAAUGUCAACAUAUUUUCCCAAGUCUCCAGGUGCAGUGUGAAUAUGAGGCGUCAGAUUUAAAACGUGCAGCAGACUUGCGAUCCUUGUUUGCAGUGACCAACCCGCCUCCUGUGAUCGCACUGGGAACCAUCAAAGUGCAGAUGAGGAUAGCAAAAGGUGGUAACAUUAAAAAAAAAAAAGUGUGGGUCUUUUUACAUUUACAAUUCCAGUCAGUUACAGGAAGUUUUUACUGUUUCUGUGAUGAUCCACUCCUCUAGAUUCUUCUUUCACAUCCUUUUAUCCCGAAGACCAGCUUCCUGUCACCCUGCCGCUACGUGAGGCUGCUUUUGUGGAGAUCUCCAUUGGUCAGCCUUCCCCGGACCCUUCACUGUCGCUGCGGGUACGGGACUGCUUCGCCUACCCCGCGUCCAGACAUUCCGUGUGGACGCUCCUGUACGACGGGUAAGGUUAGCAUUCGUACUGAAGUUAUGACAGGAGUUUAGGUGCAACUGACCCUUUUCCCUCACCUCCUGGUUAGCUGUCCUAACCCUUUUGACAACAUGAGGAGCUCUGUCCCUGUGGACAACCGGGGAAAGACCACCUCCCACUCCCAAGUCAGGAGAUUUGAUGUAAAGACCUUUGCCUUCUUUGACCCCCAUACAGGCCACCCGAGUGCUGAAGAAGUAAGGUUCCACCACAUUUAAAUUAUAUUUUUAGGUGUAUAUCUUUAUUUUGCUACUUCUCCCAUCUAAUUUUUGUAACUCAAAUUACAUAAGAGUUGAGAUGUUGUGUAAAAUGUUGAUAGAGCCGAAUGUGAUAUUAGUCAUAUAUUAAUAUUUUCUUACUGUUGUGUCCAGCCUUGUUAGUGUUGUUUUUAGUUAUUCUCUAGAGCAGUCUGCAAACUCUUCCUUUAAAAAAUGUGAUAAAAAUGAAAGAUAAAUGUGUCUUUUCCACUUGAAAUGAUUGUGUGUAAUCCUUCACUCAGUUGUACUUCUACUGCUGGGUGGAAAUCUGCACAGCUGACGUUGACUGUGCACAGCGUUGUGCCAUCAUUUGUAAGUAUAAUAGCCCUACUGUGUGUUUAUUUCAUAUUCUCUGAGUGCGAUGUGUCUGCAGUGGUGCUAAAGUUAAUUUGUCAUCUCCCACAGCAUCAGAGGGAGAUAGAAAGAGAAGAGACACAAUAUCAGCCUCUGACCAGGUCCAGCUGGUCACUUUGGGGCCGCUGCUGCUGGGUCAAAACAACACAGCAGAGGAGGAUGGUCCAUGUGCCAAACAGAAGACAAGUAAGAUCAAAUUAAACAUUCAGAGUAAUGGGUUAACAUGGUAUUAAAACACUGGAAGUGGAAGUGUGUAAGCCUCAGGGAACCCGGGUCAGCUUUGCUGCUGUCUUAUAAACGUGACCAGACAACCAAAAUGGAGACUAGUCUAUCAGCUGCUGCAGAUGACAUCAGCUCUACCACCUGACUCAGCUAACUUGAAGAACGUCUGACUCAAACACUGAUGUCAGUGUGUGUGUGCACUUUGUUUAGACUUCUAAAGAUUUAAGAUAGCAGGUAACAAACACUGGCAUUCACUGGAAAACAGAACUCUGGAUAGUACAUAAUGCAGCCUGCAGCUGGUGUACACUGUUGUUUCAAAGUCCCACUGACAGUCUAGAGACUUAUGGGUAACUUGGGAUCUCCUACUCUCCAGUUAGCUCAGAAGUUCUUCCCCUUUUUUUCUUUGGUCUGCUGAGUCUUUGUUACAAACUUGGGUUAAUGCAUGCAUAUAUGUUGCUCAUGCAAAUAGUGCAAAAAGUAAAUUUCCAAUGAUAAAGCCCUGAAAAGGUAUGAAAUGUAGCAUCAACUACAACGUUGAUGUCUUAAAAUCUGGUGUAUUACUUGGUAGAGCUAACCCUGUUUUCUUGACAAAGGGGCUGAGCUGACUACGAUCCCCUGUGUCUAUUCCUCUUGAAAUCUACAACAACCCCUGUUAUAAAAACCAAAUCAUCCAUUUGAUGUUUUUUUUUUUGUCCCAGUGUUUCAGGUGACUGUGUACGUCCUCGCUGGAGUUGGUGCUGCUCUGUUAUUAAUCCUCCUGUUCACUACAUGGAUGAGCUUCAGAAAGUGGAAGAAGCAAGCUAACACCGAGGAAUCUGAAUAAAAUAUUUCACCUCCUGUG